AUGACGCGUGAGGUGCUGCUGUUUGGGCUGUCGGCUAACCCGCCGACGGGGCCCAAAGGCCACAUGGGCGUGGUGAAGCACUGCCAGUCCAUGUACGAUGAGAUCUGGCUGCUUCCUGUGUACCAACACAUUUAUUCAAGCAAGAGACAGCUCGCGCCGUUCGAGCAUCGCGUGGAGAUGUGUCGGUUAGCGCUGGAGGCGCUGAAAAAUGACGGCGACGACGGCACUCAGCUCAAAGUGGUGGAGGAGGAGCGUGAAAUGUUCGAGUUCAUGGCUGCCAAAAGAGGAAACCCAGAGGACCUCCGACUUGGCAGUAUCGACCUGCUGGAUUAUCUAUUGGACAGCCACGAGGACACGAACUUCACGUUGCUGCUAGGUGGCGACACAUACGCGGAUCUAUUGGCUGGUAAGUGGAAGCGCGGCAAUGAGCUCAUGCAAUUGGUCAAGCUGUUGGUGGUGGACCGUAAAGGGACUGAUUCGCCUUGGAGGGAUCAGCACGAUACUGAGGAUCGAGUGACGUACAUCAACGUACCUGAACUCAGUGACGUGUCGUCCACGAUGGUCAGAGCCACCGCUGAUCGCGCUGAGCUGGCAAGGCACUUGGAUCCAACGGUGCUCGACUAUAUUGUCCAGCACAAGCUCUAUGCUUUUGCCACGGAAUAA